CUUAUUAUUUCUUUCUCGAUGAAAUCAUUUUAAUCUAGGAAUAUCUGGUGAUUUUAAUAAUGUAAUUGAUAAAGAAUUUCGAGAUUGGGAAGAAGUAUUUCGUGUCAAUAUUCAUGGAACAUAUCUUUGUUCAAAAUUAAUUGCUAAACAAUAUCUCAAACAAAAUCUAGAAAAAUUAAUUAAUGAAGCUGAUCAGAAUCAUGGAAUUAUUAUUAAUAUUACAAGUGUAAGACAAUAUCUUGUUUGUGAAGGUUCAGCUGCUUAUUGUGCAUCAAAGCUUGCUAUAGAAAGUUUGACAAAAACAAUGGCAUUAGAAUUAGGACCACAAGGAAUUCGGGUAUGUGCUAUAUGUCCUGGUCUUAUUGAUACUCCAAUGACGUCAUGGGCAACUCGUGAUGCAGAAAGAAAAUCUAAAAUUGAAAAACAAAUUCCAAUGAGACGCAUUGGUCAUCCAAAUGAAAUCGCUUCUAUGGUUGCUUUUCUUUGCUCGGAUGAUGCUUCAUAUUGUACGGGACAAACUUAUAUUGUUGAUGGCGGUUGGUUAUUGGCCAAUCCAAAUCUGUUUGCUUAA